AUGAAUUUGCUGAGGGAGAGAAUUCGCAAUGAUGAAGCUUCGAAUGUCCUUGGCCAGGUGAAAAAUGCCCGGUUGUCAGCCGUGGAGUUUCCUUCAGUCGAUCUGAGGCAUCAUCAGCAAAGGGACUUUCAUCAUUCACAAUUUAUCUCCAACCCUGCUUCUGCGACGACGCACCUCUAUGGACAAGGCCAAUACACAGCUUCAGACGAAGUUUACCCUAUUCUCGGGCAACAGCACUAUAUGCAAUCUGCAUAUCCGGCACCUUCACUAUCGGCGUCAUUAAUUUCACCACCUUCGCAACCGCUCUCUUCUGGUUCUCAAAUCUUAUCAGAGAUCCCUGGCCCUUCAUCAUUCUCUCGUGAUCGCACUGGCGAUGCCAGUGCCCUCACAUUUCCGCACGGAAAAUCCCUACCAGUUAUUCCUCAACCUGAGGGAUUUCCAAGUCUUGAGUCCUUCGAAAUGGUGAUGAACGACUAUAUACUCUCGCUGUCUCCCAAGAAACGUGACAAAGCUUUGAUACCCAAGAAACGGUGUGACAACAUUGAAGCUGUUCUUUCCGACCCAAAGUGCACCACGAUUGAGUCCGCACAGUUCAGGUUUUGGGCAAAGAAGAUGUUCUCAUUAAGGACUGUGUACGAUCCUCAGAAGGCAGUCCUUGUAUGCCAUGAAGGGAAGCCUGUCGCAGUUCGGGAACGACUCUUCCAAAUACUAACCAAAGCUCAUGCGGAUUGCCAACACGGCGGCCGCGACAAAACGUCGGGACAAGUGCGCAGAUAUUAUUCCUGGGUUCCAAAGGAACUCAUUGCAAGAUUUGUGCGAAGUUGUCCGACCUGUUCAAUGAGACGCAAUCCUGUCGGGUACGACCUGAUAUCGCAGUCGAUGCCUAAAUCCUUAAGUAGUGCUGCUCAGGCUACUCCCCCGGGCUCUACCGCCACGUCGCCGAUAGGCUAUCAUGCGCAUCAAUUAUCGCCACCCGCCCAUGUCCUACACUCUCCGCCUGAGUCAAGAAGGACGUCGCUUGUUGCUCCAGCUAAUUGUCCUUCGUUGACUCCAGCUGGAUUAGUCACCCCUUCUAUUUCAAGUACGAUCUUAGUUGGUGGAAGCAUUCCUCCUACCCCGGUAUCUAUGACACCGGUGACUGCAGCAUCUCAAAUAGGAUCGAGCCACGGGCUGGUGGGCCUAUCCGGCUGCUGCACGCACCCUAUUCUGACAAUUGCACCCUUCUCAGUGACAAUCAUUCUCGAUCGCAUAGUACUACAUCAGCUUGACUAUGUACUGCCUUGA